UACAUCAACUGCAACUUGCUUUCUCAAGCCCCCCUCCCAUUUUCCCUCUUUUUUCCAUACGUCACUUAUGGGCGCCCUAUUGUAGCGGAGUUGUCAUGGCAACGGCGUUCUAUCUCCACUCCAAACACUUCGUGUGCCUAGCACAUCUUUGACUUUGUUUGGGGUCGUCUCCUGUGAGCUGCAAAACUGUAAUAAAUAUUUGAUGACUAUUCUAUGUUACUGCCUAUUAAGUUGAAUGUAAAAACAUCAAGGAGCCAAUGUCGAACUCGACCCCCUUUAAUGAUUUCACCCUGAAAGGCUCGUCUUAGAAUGGACAUAUUCAAGGAAUGGGACCAGGCGCCUGUAGAAGUGGCUGAAGACAGAAGUGUGGCAGUCGAGUACACAGGAUGGGACCAGAGCUGCCAACUACCCAACAGAGGCCAUGUCGAUGCCCUUUUGGAUAUCAGCGAGGAUACCUCAUCCAAAGAGCAGGAGCCAUUUGAGUUUCUCUGUCUCUCCGGAUGGGAGGAAGCUAUCCAGGGCUGGGGCAGAACUACUCCACUUGGCUGCCUGGUUCAGACCCAGAGGAGAGGAAAGAGGGUCAAGUCUGGAGACACAGACCACCACCGCCACCUGUGUGUGGACCUCGUGAAGCUCUCGGACCCCCCUUACUCAGAGUCCAGCUUAACCCACUCCCCUGAGUCCUUCUGUGAUUCCUCCCUGGACCAAUGGGAGAAACCCCCCCCCACAACCCUGGGAGACUUCCUGAACAGACCCUACAGUCAUACCUCUAGCGUCUCUUCAGAGGAGUCCCCACCAGAGUCCUUCAGGGACCUUCAGAAAGCCACACAGCAACUGACACUCCGAGACAAGAUGGUGGAGGACAAGGCUGAGGUGUGUGAGAUCAGUGACUCACUGCUGGGAUCGGCCCCCUCCCAGGGCCACCACCACUCAGCUUCAGAGUGUCCCAUGACGCUGAUCAUCAACAGCUUUGCCGUCCUACCGCCCGUGAAGGCCUCCCAGCCCGGACACCCUAGGGUCACCAGCCAGCUCCGGAGGGGGGAGGCCGGCCCGGGACGCAGCGCCUCAGACGGGGAGACGGCAGAGGCUGGGUCAGAUGGUGUCACACCUGCCGGGGAGAGCGGAAGUGUGGAGAGAGUAGAGGAAACGAGAGCAGCAGACGCUGUCCCAGACAAAGACAGGCUGCCCAAGGACACCUACCAGGGAUCCCUCACCUCUAAGUACUGGCCGUCUAAGCAGAGCCACCACCUGUUGUCUGCUUUCAGCAUCCCCGUCCCCAAGAGAUGUGACAUGCCCCUCAGCACACUGGCAGAGCCUCUAGCCCGCGCCACCUACCCCCUGGGCAGACACCUCAGACAGGAUCCCCGGACCAGCAGUGCUCAUAGACUCUACUUUGGACGGAAGACCAAGAGCCUGAAACGGGCAGAGCCCCAGCUGCCCAUUCUGUUUGGAACCAGGGUGCCCAUCCCAGCCUCUGCACAGAGACUACUCUGAACAGAGACUGUUACUUUGCACUCCAUACUCUUUCCCAUCCCAAAUGCUCAGUCUUUGUGGGUUUGUGAUUAAAAGGAAGCUUUCUGUGAGAUAUCUUCAUAUCUUUUACAUGACACCGAUGACUGUAUUAAAAAAAGCUGUGAUGAAUUCAA